GGCGGCUGCCACUGAGCUCCUGCCUUCGGCCACAGUGUCUGCACUCUCUGUUCCUUGCAUCACUCCUCCCGUACUCCCCGGGGUGCAGAGGUCUCCUGGGACAUGGCGAACUCGGGUUUCGAUUUCCUCGCGGGCCAGGAAGAAGACAGUUUUCUAUACUUCGCCUACGGCAGCAACCUGCUAACAGCACGCAUCCACCUGCGAAACCCCUCUGCGGAGUUCUGCUGUGUGGCCCGGCUGCAGGAUUUUAAGCUCCACUUUGGCAAUUUCCAAGGCAAAACAAGUGAAACUUGGCAUGGAGGUAUAGCCACAAUUUUUCAAAGUCCUGGCGAUGAAGUAUGGGGAAUAGUAUGGAAAAUGAACAAAAGCCAUUUAAGUUCUCUGGAUAAGCAAGAAGGAGUUAAAAGUGGUACAUAUGUCCCAAUAGAAGUUACUGUUCAUACUCAAGAAGGAAAGGAAAUAACUUGCAGAAGUUAUCAGAUGAAGAAUUAUGAGAGUGCUCCCCCAUCACCACAGUAUAAAAAGGUCAUUUGCAUGGGAGCAAAAGAGAAUGGUUUGCCACUGGAAUAUCAAAGGAAGUUAAAUGCAAUAGAAACAAAUGAUUACAAAGGAAAGGUCUCAGAAGAAAUUGAAGACAUUAUCAAAAAGGGGGAAGCAAAAACUUAUUAGGACUUAAUAGAAUAUAUCUGAGGAUAUUUUCUCUAUGAGCUAGUCUAAAAUAUGAAGUUUAGAAUAGAGAUCUGAGAUAUCUCUGUAUUUAGUGCAUUUUCAGUAAUACACUAAAUGACUAUCUCCCUUGAGUGGUUCCUUUUCUUCAGACUAGAGUAGGAGCUAGACAACUGGAAAGGGGGCCACGAGGGACUGAAAUACAUGGCAAAGGAUGUGGGAGUUGCUUCUGUAAACACGAUUUAUUUUCUGGAAUUGAUUUGGUGUGUUCUUGCUCUGUGAUAAAGGGUAGAUUACAGCUUAAUGAUGGUGCAGGUGAACUGCUCUUCUCUGGGUUUUUGUUUAAUUUUCAAUCAGCUUAAUAAGAGCAAGCAAACUGUAGUUAGUGUUGGUAACCUUUUUUUUUUUUUUAUUAAAAUUGUGGUAUACUCUUC